GAGGGUGGGUGGGGAGGGGCAGUUCCUCUUUCCUUCCCAAGCACCGAGGAGGCCCCAGCUCCCUAGGGGCUGAGAAGCUGGAGUCCUGGGGAAGGGGAGGAGCUGAGCCACAGUCUUGCAAGACCCCCGCCCUCCUCCCUCCACAGGAAGCAUGAACAGAAAAGACAGCAAGAGGAAGUCCCACCAGGAAUGCACCGGAAAGACAGGAGGACGGGGCCGGCCCCGCCAAGCGCGCCGCCACAAGACAUGCCCCAGCCCCCGGGAAAUCAGCAAGGUCAUGGCUUCCAUGAACCUGGGCCUGCUGAGCGGGGGUGGCUGCAGCGAAGAUGAGCUGCUGGAGAAAUGCAUCCAGUCCUUUGACUCAGCUGGCAGCCUGCGCCAUGGGGACCACGUGCUCAACAUGGUGCUAGCCAUGCACAGCUGGGUGCUGCCCUCUGCCGACCUGGCUGCCCGCCUGCUGACCUCGUAUCAGAAGGCCACAGGGGACACCCAGGAGCUGAGGCGGCUGCAGAUCUGCCACCUGGUCAGGUACUGGCUCACCCAACACCCUGAAGUGAUGCACCAGGACCCCCAGCUGGAAGAAGUCAUGGGUCGUUUCUGGGCCACCGUGGCCCAGGAGGGCAACUCAGCCCAGAGGAGCCUGGGGGGCUCCUCUAACCUCCUGAGCCCUGGUGGCCCUGGGCCCCCACCCCCCAUGAACAGCCCAGGCCUAGGCAAAAAGCGCAAAGUGUCCUUGCUUUUCGACCACCUGGAGACGGGGGAGCUGGCUCAGCACCUCACCUACCUGGAGUUCCGGUCCUUCCAGGCUAUCACGCCCCAGGACCUGCGGAGCUACGUUUUGCAGGGCUCAGUGCGGGGCUGCCCGGCUCUGGAGGGCUCUGUAGGACUCAGCAACAGCGUCUCCCGCUGGGUGCAGGUGAUGGUGCUGAGCCGUCCCGGGCCCGCACAGCGCGCACAGGUGCUGGACAAGUUCAUUCACGUGGCACAGAGGCUCCACCAGCUGCAGAAUUUCAACACGCUGAUGGCAGUCACAGGAGGCCUGUGUCACAGUGCCAUCUCCAGACUCAAGGACUCCCAUGCCCACCUGAGCCCUGACAGCACCAAGGCCCUGCUGGAGCUCACGGAGCUCCUUGCCUCCCACAACAACUAUGCCUGCUACCGCCGCACCUGGGCUGGCUGUACAGGCUUCCGGCUGCCUGUGCUGGGCGUGCACCUCAAGGACUUGGUGUCCCUAUAUGAGGCACAGCCUGACAGGUUGCCUGACGGCCGCCUGCACCUAUCCAAGCUGAACAGCCUCUACCUGCGGCUGCAGGAGCUGGCGGCCCUCCAAGGGCAGCAUCCACCCUGCAGUGCCAAUGAGGACCUGCUGCACUUGCUCACGCUCUCCCUGGAUCUUUUCUACACGGAGGACGAGAUCUAUGAGCUUUCUUAUGCCCGGGAGCCACGCUGUCCCAAGAGUCUGCCACCCUCCCCCUUCAAAGCACCUCUAGUGAUGGAGUGGGCCCCUGGUGUGACACCCAAGCCGGACAGGGUCACACUGGGUCGGCACGUGGAGCAGCUGGUGGAGUCCGUGUUCAAGAAUUACGAUCCUGAAGGCCGAGGAACCAUCUCUCAGGAGGACUUUGAGCGGCUCUCAGGCAAUUUUCCCUUCGCCUGCCAUGGGCUUCACCCGCCCCCACGCCAGGGGAGAGGCUCCUUCAGCAGAGAGGAGCUGACAGGGUACCUGCUCCGGGCCAGCGCCAUCUGCUCCAAGCUGGGCCUGGCCUUCCUGCACACCUUCCAUGAGGUCACCUUCCGCAAGCCUACCUUCUGCGACAGCUGCAGUGGCUUCCUCUGGGGUGUCACCAAACAAGGCUACCGCUGUCGGGAGUGCGGUCUGUGUUGCCACAAACACUGCAGAGACCAGGUGAAGGUGGAGUGUAAGAAGAGGCUAGGGGCCAAGGGCGAUGCGGGGCCCCCCGGAGCCCCUAUCCCACCCACGCCAGCUCCCCACGCCAGCUGUGGCUCUGAGGACAAUCUCUCCUACACGCUAUCCCUGGAACCUGAGACUGGGUGCCAGCUUCGCCAUGCUUGGACCCAGACUGAAUCCCCACACCCUUCCUGGGAACCAGAGACGGUGCCCUGCCCAGUAAUGGACCCACCAUCAACCCCAUCCUCCAAGCUGGAUUCCUAGGCAUCUCACAGUCUCCUCUCUCCCUCACUCCCUUCCCCAGUCAGUCCUGAGUCCUGCCGUAGGACUCUGGCAGGGCUCCCAGAGGUAGGACCCCCAGAGGCAUCCGCCUUCCCACAUUGCCUUCGGUGGCACGUCCGUCAUGAUUUUCCCUGGAAGUGACUUUCCUCCCUUGCACGGUGGUAGAUGCUAAUCCACCUGCACUUAGUAUCUGUGCAGCUCUGUGUUGGACACAUUUAGACUCAGACCUCAUUUCACCAAUUCUCCAAAUCUCCAUUUCACAGAUAAGGAGACUAAGGCUUCCUGAAGUUAAGCCAAGGUGGCACAGUUCCCAAGGGCUGGAGGUAGAUUCAAACCCAGGUCUUCCGUCUGCUCUAAAACCGAAGCUCCUGACCAAUACGCUACGGGUCAGGAGGGGGUGAGGACAGAGCAGGUCUCUGGGAUUAUAGACUUGGGAGAGAAAGCUGGGUAGUAGGUAGAGCAGGCAACCAAUGGACACCUCAGUGAGAUCACAUCCAUCCUCUGCUCAGGAAAAAAGCCAGAGUCCCCACUAUGGCCCACAAAGCCCCAUGUGAUCUGCCCCCAUCACCCCUCCAACCUUACUUCCCACACAGCACCUCUCUUCAUCCUGCGUCAGCUACACUGGCCUCAAUGUACCCUGAAUGUGCCCCAAAUACUCCUACCUCAGGGCCUUUGCACUGGCUGCUCCCCUGCCGGGAAUGCUUUUCCCCAGAGGCCUGUCUGGCCCCCUCUUUGGAGCUGUGCUCCAGUGGCACCUUCUCAGCAAAGCUUACCCUGACCAUAGUCAAGAUGCAAGUCCCCCGUCCCCUCUCAGUUCUGAUCCUGCCUCCAUGCUUUAUUUUUUUAUUUUAUUUUAAUUUUUUGAGACAGUCUCACUUUGUUGUCCAGGCUAGACUGCAAUGGUACAAUCUCAGCUCACUGCAACCUCUGCCUCCCUGGUUCAAUA